AUGCACGCACUACGGACGGUCGUGUCUCGAAGCCUCUCGUCUCAAUGCAGACGUUUCGCGACAGCGGCCACUUCGGGAGAAAAGAAGUUGGAUAUUGGAGUAGUCGGUGCAGGACAGAUCGGUCGUGCGGUGUGUCUCGGAUUGCGGAAGAAGGGACAUAAUGUGAAAGUGUGUGAUCCGAACAGGGUGAACCAUUCUGAGUUGGUGAACAAUGGAGUGACAUGGCUUGCCAAGGCUAGAGAGGUGUGUGAGGGAGCUGAUGUGUUGAUAACGGCAGUACCGGCGCCGCCGCAUGUCCGUAAAGUAAUGGAGGAGGAGGGCGUGCUGGAGAACAUGAAGGACGGAGCGUGCUGGAUUGACCAUACCACCACAGACAAAGAUGAAACCAUGCGUCUAUCAGCCAUCGCCAAAUCACGUGGUUUGAACAUGUUGGAGGCUCCUUUGACUGGUGGGCUGGAGCUACUAAAGGCGGGUCAAAUGACAGUCUUGGUAGGUGGCGAUAAGCAGGUCCUUGACCGGUACGAGCGAAUAAUCAGGUCCUACACCGAGACUGUCCUGCAUAUGGGAGACAUUGGAACGGCUAGUGUUGUGAAGGUUCUCAGUAACAUGCUGGCUGGCGCCCAUACCGUCCUAAGUUCAGAGGCAGUCAUGAUGGCCAAGCGCCAUGGUGUAAACCUGCAAGCCUUCUUCGACGGGAUCCGAGCAUCGGCAGGUAAUUCGUACGUAUUUGAAACAGAGGUCCCCCUGAUGUUUAACGGUACCUACGACCCAGGGUUCAAAAUCGCUCUACAUAAUAAGGACUUUAGUCUUGGGCGGCAGUUAGCAAUGGAGGCAAAGGUUCCACUUGAGCUAAUGGGCCUGACCGAGCAGAUAUAUCUGCGUGCGAUGUACAAGUACGGCGAAGAUGUCGGAAGUUCCAUGCCGGCUAAGUUGCUUCCCGACGACCUGAACGAGGAACCCGAGGUCAAGGGGUAUGAAGGCUGGACGUACGAGAUUCAAAAGGUCGAAGGAGGUGGUAUAGCAGUUGUGCACAGAGGAGUGAAAAAAACUGAAUAG